UGGGAGAGGAGCAUGGAGGAGGACAACAAAUACACGUCCAAACUGUCGCCCACUGUGGACCACUGGGCAGGCAUGUACCUAGUGGUGAUAGCGGUGCUGUCGGUCCUGGGUAAUGCUGCGGUCUUGGUGACCUCAGCACUCCGGCCAACUCACCUCAAGGCCCCGGAGCUCCUUACAGUCAACCUGGCGGUGACAGACAUAGGCAUGGCUCUCAGCAUGUACCCCCUGUCCAUCGCCUCACUCUUCAACCACGCCUGGAUUGGAGGGGACUUCUCCUGCCUGUACUAUGGCCUGAUGGGGAUGAUCUUCAGCACGGCCAGCAUCAUGACUCUGGCUGUCAUGGGUCUGGUACGAUACCUGGUGACAGGAAACCCACCCAGAACAGGCAACAAGUUCCAGCGUCGGACCAUCACCAUGGUGAUCAGUUUGAUCUGGCUGUACUCUGGGCUGUGGGCUGUGUUCCCUCUCUUGGGCUGGGGCGGCUACGGACCGGAGCCCUUCGGAGUGGCCUGCUCCGUGGACUGGGCAAGCUACCAAGACUCCCUGAACCACUCUACCUUCAUCAUGUCUCUGUCUAUCUUCUGUACCUUCAUCCCCUGCCUCAUCAUCCUCUUCUCCUAUUCCGGCAUAGCCUGGAAACUCCACAAGGCAUACCAGUCCAUCCAGAAUGGAAACUUCAACUACGGACACAUCGAGAGGAAAGUCACUCUGAUGGCGGUGUUGAUCAGCUCAGGGUUCAUCGUGGCUUGGUCUCCCUACGUGGUGCUCAGCUUUUGGUAUAUGUUCCAGGGGAAGGCCAGUCUGGCCCCGCUGGUCUCCCUGCUGCCCUGCCUGUUCGCUAAGGGCUCCACGGCCUACAACCCUUUUAUCUACUACAUCUUCAGACGCUCCUUUAGACGCCAGCUCAUCCAGCUCCGGGGGCUGAUCUGCUGCUCUGCCCAGCCAGACACACCUUCGAGUGGGGAGACGGGAGAGGAGGGCAGACAGACUUUGAGGUCUGACCUACGACAGAGUCUCCCUGAAGAGAAGAGUGGAGCUCCUCUGGUAGGGGAGUUGGGAACUGUGGCGCUGGAGAUACAGUCUGAGAAUGAGUUGACAAGCUCCUGUUAA